UCUAGUAUUAUGCAUGCAAACCGAGAGCUCAGACGAGCCGCACUGACCGAGCGCGUGCUAGAGACACUAUAUAGUCUAUAAAGUGAAGGAGAAAAGCUUUGGAUGUGGCAACCGUACGGCAAAAAUCCCGGCUGAGCGCGGCUUCAAGGGACAGAGGAAUACUGUUUUUGAGCUUGCUUACUUGCAUUCAUUCUUCUUAACGUGGACAAUCAUGUUUCUGCUGUUUUAUUGGGGUCUAUGCUUUGUAUUAGUAUGCUCUGAUUUUAUGAAUGCACUAGCAUCAAAUAAAAGACCGCGAGAUUCAGAGAAAGCGAAAUUACCGGAGUUUGGCGCGUAUGAGACUGUAACUCCGGCCAGAGUUAACGAAGCCGGUGAAAAACUGCCAACGGCCGUGCACUUCAAAAGGAGAAAGCGGAGUACCGACCCAAUAACCGGCAACAUCUCUCAUCAUUGGGCCUCGCCCCACGUCUAUUAUCAAAUAUCUGCAUUUGGGCAGGACUAUUACCUGAACCUUACUCUCGAGUCGGGAUUUAUUGCGCCUGUUUACACUGUCACGAUACUCGGAGCAUCCAGCGAAGGUCGUAAUUCAGACGAGAAGGAGGAGGAGAACACGGAGUAUCAGCACUGCUUUUACAAAGGACACGUGAACGCUGGACAGGAACAUACUGCAGUAAUCAGCCUCUGCUCCGGUUUGCUUGGCACUUUCAGGUCACCGGAAGGGGAGUAUUUUGUAGAGCCCCUUCAUAGCUACAAUGGUGAACACUAUGAAGAAGAACACACCAAACCUCAUAUUGUGUACAGAAAAGAUGCCUCAAAAAAGACUGUAGAAGAUUCAACUGCAUGUGAAACUUCAGGACAUAUAGAGCCACACAGCAAACAUAGGAACAAGCUGAAGAGACAGUCGCCCUCAAGCAUGCUGUCUGACCUGGAGACUCUUAAUUCCAGACUCUUCUCUGCCCCCUUCCCCUCCACAGAAAACAAGCACAGCUCUGCUAAUGAAAGCAGUUACUCCAAGCCACAUCGGAGAUCAAAGCGUUUCCUCUCCUACCCCCGUUUUGUUGAAGUCAUGGUUGUGGCAGACAGCAAAAUGGUGGAACAUCAUGGCAGCAGCCUCCAGCAUUAUAUUCUUACCCUGAUGUCAGUCGUUUCCUCCAUCUAUAAGGAUCCCAGCAUCGGAAAUCUGAUUAACAUUGUUAUUGUGAAAUUGGUCAUUAUAAAAAAUGAGCUGGAUGGUCCCACUAUCUCUUUCAAUGCACAGUCCACUUUGAAAAACUUCUGCAUAUGGCAGCAGAGUCAGAACAAUCCAGAUGACAACCACCAUUCACAUCACGACACCGCCAUCCUUAUCACAAGGCAGGACAUCUGUCGAGCGCGGGACAAGUGCGACACUUUAGGUCUUGCUGAGUUGGGUACGGUUUGUGAUCCAUACAGAAGUUGCAGUAUAAAUGAGGAUAAUGGACUCAGUACAGCUUUCACCAUCGCUCAUGAGCUUGGCCAUGUGUUCAACAUGCCUCACGAUGACAGUAACAAAUGUAAGGAGGAUGGAGUUAAGAACCAGGAACAUGUGAUGGCUCCGACACUCAACUACUACACCAAUCCUUGGAUGUGGUCCAAAUGUAGUCGGAAAUACAUCACAGAGUUCCUUGACACAGGGUAUGGUGAGUGCCUGCUCGAUGAGCCGAUUUCAAAGCCAUACAGUUUGUCCCAGCAGUUGCCUGGACAGAUAUACAGCGUCAAUAAACAGUGUGAAUUGAUUUUUGGGUCCGGGACACAGGUGUGCCCAUAUAUGAUGCAGUGUCGGAGAUUGUGGUGUACCAGUCCAGGAGCCCAGCAAGGCUGCCGAACACAACACAUGCCCUGGGCUGAUGGGACAGAGUGCUCUCCGGGAAAGCAUUGCAAACAUGGCCUGUGCAUCCCCAAAGAGCAUGAAUCAGUUCCAUUAGAGGGGGCCUGGGGAGUGUGGAGUCCCUUUGGCACAUGCUCAAGGACCUGUGGAGGGGGGAUCAAGAUUGCUGUGCGCGAGUGCAACCGACCUGUGCCCAGAAAUGGUGGAAAGUACUGUGUUGGACGCAGGAUGAAAUUCCGUUCCUGUAACUCUGAGCCAUGCUCCAAGCAAAACAAAGACUUCAGGGAGGAACAGUGUGCCAGCUUUGAUGGACGGCACUUCAACAUCAAUGGUCUACCUCCAAAUGUUCGCUGGGUGCCAAAGUAUAGCGGAAUUCUCAUGAAGGAUCGCUGUAAGCUCUUCUGUCGUGUGGCAGGCAGCACAGCCUACUACCAACUCAGGGACAGAGUUAUUGAUGGCACGCAAUGUGGGCCAGACACCAACGACAUCUGUGUGCAGGGCCUGUGUAGGCAAGCAGGAUGUGACCACGUGUUGAACUCUAAGGCUAGGAGAGAUAAGUGUGGGGUGUGUGGUGGGGAUAACUCAUCGUGCAAGACUGUGGCGGGAACAUUUAACAUAGUGCAUUAUGGUUAUAAUGUUGUGGUGCGAAUUCCCAGUGGUGCUACUAACAUAGAUGUGAGACAACACAGCUACUCAGGGAAACCAGAGGAUGAUAACUACCUCGCCUUGUCCAGCAGUCGUGGAGAAUAUUUACUCAAUGGAGAUUUUGUGGUCAGUAUGUUUAAAAGGGAAGUCAGAGUGGGGAAUGCUGUUAUAGAGUACAGUGGCUCUGACCAUGUGAUUGAGAGAAUUAACUGCACUGACCGUAUAGAGGAGGAGAUUGUUGUCCAGGUGCUUUCUGUAGGUAACCUCUAUAACCCUGACGUCAGGUAUUCCUACAACUUUCCCAUAGAGGACAAACCUCAGCAGUAUUUUUGGGAUGCAUAUGGCCCGUGGCAGGAGUGCAAUCUUCUAUGCCAAGGAGAGCGCAAGAGGAAAAUCACGUGCAGUCGCGAGUCAGAUAGAGUGAUGGUGUCUGAUCAGCGAUGCCAUGGUUCUCCAAAACCAACUGUUAUUACUGAGGCAUGCAACACAGACUGUGAACUUAGAUGGCACAUUGCUCGCAAAAGCGAGUGCUCAGCCACAUGUGGACGGGGCUACCGGACGUUGGACAUCUACUGCACCAAACAGAGCAGACUGGAUGGGAAGACCCAGAAGGUUGACAACCGUUACUGCAGCAGCCAACGCAAGCCCGAUGACAAGGAGGUGUGCCAUGGAGACUGCAACCCUAGUGGAUGGGAAUACUCCCCAUGGUCAGAGUGCUCCAGGAGCUGUGGAGGGGGAACGCGUCAUAGGACUGCAGUAUGUGGAAAGUCAGCAGAGGCUGUUGAUGAAAGCAAGUGCAACCCACAAGACAAGGUCGCAGUUCAGCCCUGUAAUGAGUUCCUGUGUCCUCAAUGGAAAACUGGAGAGUGGUCAGAGUGUUUGGUGACUUGUGGCAAGGGCUACAAGCACCGCCAGACUUGGUGUCAGUUUGGAGAAGAGCGUUUGGAUGAUCGAUUCUGUGACUCCUCCAAACCAGAGUCAGUACAGGCCUGCCAACAGCAAGAAUGUGCAUCCUGGCAAGUGGGACCCUGGGGACAGUGCACCACCACUUGCGGCCCAGGUUAUCAGAUGAGAGCUGUAAAGUGUGUGGUUGGCUCGUAUGGAUCCGUCAUGGAUGACACUGAAUGUAAUGCAGCAACACGUCCAACAGACACUCAGGACUGUGAACUCUCUCAGUGCCCUGUCACCCAUCCUGUUGCCCCAGAGACCAAAGUGAUGUCACAUCCUGGUCAUAAAACACAGUGGCGCUUUGGGUCAUGGACACAGUGCAGUGCCACCUGUGGAAAAGGUAUGCGGAUGCGCUACGUAAGUUGCCGCGACCAACAGGGUGGAGUUGCGGAGGAAUCGGCCUGCUCUCACCUGUCAAAACCUCCUGCUAGGGAGGUGUGCUCCAUAGUGGCAUGUGGACAGUGGAAGGUUCUGGAAUGGACUGCGUGCUCUGUAUCCUGUGGUCAGGGCAAAACCACACGGCAAGUAGUGUGUGUGAACUUCAAUGAUCAAGUUGUGGAAAUGAGUGAGUGUGACACAGAUGAUCGACCGGCAACAGAGCAGGAGUGUGCCAUGCCCCAGUGUCCAUCUCGUUCCAGUGAUCACGGGGGCUUUUCACCUAACCAUGAUUCACGGAAAAAAAUUGUUCCCACUGGGCGAACUGAUCGUAACAGAGCUGGCAGACCCCAGUUGCAUCAGUGGAGGACUGGACCAUGGGGGGCAUGUUCAAGUACUUGUGCUGGAGGAUUCCAGAGGCGUGUGGUGGUGUGCCAGGAUGAGAACGGUUACCCUGCCAACAGUUGCGAUGAAAGCACACAACCCAUAGAGCAACGCUCCUGUGAAUCUGGCCCCUGUCCUCAGUGGUUCUAUGGCAGCUGGGGUGAGUGUUCAAAGUCCUGCGGAGGAGGGAUAAAGACCCGGCUUGUCGCUUGUCAGCGUCCCAACGGGGAGCGCUUUAACGAUCUGAGCUGUGAAAUUCUUGACAAACCACCCGACCAAGAGCAGUGCAAUACUCAGUCCUGCUCUAUUAACCCUCACUGGAGCACAGACCAAUGGAGCUCGUGUUCUGCCUCCUGUGGGAGAGGAUUCAAAUACCGUACUGUGACGUGUGUCAGUCACUCGGGCCAGCAAAUCCCAGAAGAGAAUUGCCUGCACUUGCCCCUCCCACAAAAGCAAAGGCAUUGCAGAGGUGGGAGGUGCCCCAAGUGGAAGACAGGGAACUGGGGAGAGUGUUCGUCAUCGUGUGGAAGUGGGCUGCAGCAUAGAGAGGUCCUUUGUGUAUUUGGUGAUGAGGACGGAGCACAGGAAUCUAAAUGUUCCCGGCUCCCCCGCCCACCUUCUACCCAAACUUGUCGAGUUACUGAUUGUGUCUCGCACUACAGGUGGAGCAGCGGGGACUGGCAAAAGUGCAGUAAAACAUGUGGUUCCGGCCACAAGGCUCGAGCAGUGGUGUGCUUGGAUCAAGUGGAAGAUGAGGUGCAUGAGAUGUACUGCAUGAACCAAAGUAAACCUGCUGAUAUGGAACCUUGUAACAUACAACCCUGUGAGUUCAUCUGGAUUACAGGAGAAUGGUCUGAGUGCUCAGUCACCUGUGGACAAGGUUAUCAGAGGAGGCUGGUAUCCUGCAGUGAGGUUCAUGCUGGGAUUGAUAAUUAUGAGUAUGGUCUUAACUCUUCGUUAAACUGCCCUGGCACCCCUCCGGAGUCCAUCUUGCCCUGUUUACAGUUGCCUUGUCCUACUCCAUACACCUGGAGAGUGGGUAUAUGGGGACCUCCCACAUUGUCUGCUGAUUGCGUAUGUGCCUCUGCUUGUGUGUACAAGUGUUCUGCAAGCUGUGGAAAUGGCUGGACAGAGAGAAAAGUGCAGUGUGUAUCAGCAGAGGGUGCCAUUACUGACAAAUGUCCCUCCUCCUCUAGACCUGAGGAAAGGAAAGCCUGCACCAAUCCCUCAUGCCAUUUCCCCAGUAACUGCAGAGAUGUACAGCUCCAGAAUAGCUUUUUUUCUGAUGGGGAACAGAAUUUGAACAUACAUGGUAAAGUGUUAAAAAUCUACUGUUCAGAAAUGAACACAGACAGCCCUAAGGAGUAUAUCACAUUGAUCACAGGGGAAAGAGAGAACUUUUCUGAGGUCUUUGAAUACAGACUGAUGGAUCCCACACAGUGCCCAUCCAACCUAAGCAGAAGAGAAGAUUGCCAAUGUAAAAGAGACUACACAGCAGCUGGUCUCUCCAUUUUCACAAAAGUCAGAGUGGACCUUAGCAAAAUGACCAUUAUAACCACAGACUGGAAAUAUUCUUUUACCCAUGAAGGUCAGAAGGUUCCAUUUGCCACUGCAGGUGACUGCUACAGUGCUUCCUAUUGUCCACAGGGCCAGUUCAGGAUCAACCUCUCAGGAACAGGAUUUAAGGUGGCAGAGAACACAAGGUGGAUUUUUCGAGGGAACUACGCUGUAGCUGACAUACACAGGUCUCAGGAUGGCAGUAGGGUGAUGGGAAUAUGUGGUGGUUAUUGUGGAAAAUGCACUCCCUCCUCCAGCUCUGGACUUCUUGUUGAAGUUUCGUGAUGCAUGGAUACUUGUCAGGUUGUCUGCUGAUAGUUUAUCAGUAGAAUCUUCAUCAUUUUUUCCAGUCAGUCUUAGUGAUGAUUGUAUGACCUUUUCUAAAUAAUCCUUCAAUGAAACUUCAACAGAAUUGCAGCAUGUCCUCCUACAAAUAUAUUGUUUUAUUGAGUCUCUUUCAGUCAUGUCUGUGGUGCUAAAGAAAAUGAAGAACAUCCUUUUUUUUUAUAAAUAAUAUAAUGUUUCUGUAUUCAGAAUGUAUGAUUGUUUAUGAUUUAUACUCUAUAUCUGUUUUUAAACGGUCAUUUAUAGCUUGUUGUCUUUCUGUUUCCUGCUCUUAUUUGAUUUUGUGAAAUGCUCCACCAUAAGUGUUGGUGGUUGAUUUUGAUUGUGUGUUACAGCAUCAUAGAACUGAUGUGUAA